AUGAAGGCAUCACCGCUUUUGAUGGUUUUUUUGUUUCCUUACCUGACUACUCUCGCAGGAUCUGCAAAAACGGAAAAGAUGGUUGUUAUUUUAAAUAGCGUUGAUAUUACGGCCAAUCCGAGGUACUUAAAUGCCACUGUAACGCUCAAGCGGUACAAUGUCGCUCCCUACAUUGCCUUCAAUAUGUCGCUUAUCAUUCUGCAGAAGUACUACGCACUUACGCUCCAGUCCAGCUACUAUGUACGUAUCGGUAAGUCCGAAAACAUGCUCUACAACAGUAAAAUCGAUUUGUGCGAUUUUUUGCGUCGACCCAACGAGCGUUUGGUGAAGAUGGUGUUCGAUAACCUGAAACGUCACGGACAAAUACCCACGAGCUGCCCGGUGCAGCCCAGAAGACUUUCCUUUACAAACGUCACACUGAACCACCUUAAUCUGCCACCGUAUCUGCCCGAAACUAACUUCAAGCUGGUGGUUAAAUGUUGGCACGGUACCGAGAAGACUUUAGUAGUUGACAGUCGCUGGAAUGGUCGGUUGAAAAAAAUAACCGUUGGCAAUUAA